AUGCUGGAGUUCCACAAGGAAUCGGGAUAUCGGUAUCAGGUGCUAGAGUUCAUCCCCGACAGUGUCGAUAAGAGCGGCAUCGACACGGACACACUGGUCGGCUCCCCUUCAGCCCUCAGCGGGUGCCUUAAGCAUGUCCACAAAGUCUUCUUCUCGAGCUGGGAUCUCUCCCUACUGGAGAAGCUCGAGCAGACGCUUCAGCAGCGCUACGGCAGCGAUUUGACAGUGACCUUCUCAGCCUCCUACAACCUCGAUAUUACCGCCAAAGAUGUGACCAAGGCAUGGGCUCUGGAGCGUCUCUACGAGCAGAUGGCGCCCUUACCACAUGAGACGAGGUCGACAGUGACGCCAGAGCAGCGCCUUAAGGCCACAGUUGCGUUCGGUGAUAACCUCAAUGAUGCCACGAUGUUGAGUAGCGCGGGUCGCAGCUUCAUCAUGGGCAACUGCAACCCAAAGCUUCGGCAGCGAUGCCCCAACCUGGAGGUAAUUCAGACAAAUGCCGAGGACGCCGUCGCCCGCAAACUGCGCGAGAUAUUCCACUUGGAAUAG